CCCCUCUCCACUCUGCCGCAAGUCUUCUUGGCGCGCUUAUCAGGACACUGCAACAGAGAGCAGGUAGCAUCAGUGUCCAUCUCGUCCCCACCAGAUGUUGUAAAGGGACUUUUUUUUCCCAAAGAGGAGGGAGUCUAAAGGAAUUUUGCUCUCUUCCAGCCUGUUUUUUUUUGUGGGACUAAGACACGCAUUGCUGUUUUCUGACUUUGGAAAGGAACAAAAAGAGGACUCCUCUGGAAUUUCCUUAGGAAUUAAACCACCAAGCCCUGUUACCAGGUGCUUUUGCAUUCAUCCACCGAUUUAAACAAUGUGACCAACUAUUCCACACUAGGGAAAUUCAGAGGAGUUGUCUUCUUUUUCAUUCCGGUCCGAGGCAGCAAUAGCAAAUUUUAUUCCCGAAAUAGGCUGGUGUGUCGGCAAGAUACACAUGGAACGUCUGGCAUGAGGGUGGCACCUGCAUGACCCUGCAGGAGUAGCCUCGUUUUGUGUUCUCUUUCCUGAGACAACCCUGACAACAUGAGGCCCGCGGCAGGUCUCAGGAGAGAGAAUGUUCCCUGACUUUCACACCUUCAACCUCAAGCUCUUCAACUAUCGGGAAGUUUUCUUGAGUGCUGAAAGGCUGUGACUAGACCCUGCAUCUGAGGACUCAGACCAGGACUGACUCACAGGGCUCUCUCUGUGAGCCAGCGCCACCGAGGCUGCCAAAGCAUGCUAGUGCCAAGCUGUGCCACCAUGCCCACAGCCAGACCAGCAACGCUGCUGCUACAGCUGCUGCUAGCCACGGGUCUCAUCCUGCACCUUGCCGACGCUCAAACACCGCCAAAAUUUUUAAGAACCCCCAAUGACCAAACAGGCGUCCAAGGGGGCGUGGCCUCAUUCAUUUGCCAAGCCACGGGAGAUCCGCGGCCGAAGAUUGUAUGGAACAAGAAGGGGAAGAAAGUGAGCAACCAGCGAUUCGAGGUAGUGAUCGAGUUUGACGACGGCUCUGGUUCGGUUCUACGCAUCCAGCCACUUCGUACCCCUCGCGACGAAGCCAUCUACGAAUGUGUUGCCUCCAACAGCGUUGGCGAGACGAGUGCCACCACACGCCUCACUGUUUUACGCGAGGACCAGCUGCCUCCUGGUUUCCCCACCAUAGACAUGGGCCCUCAGCUCAAAGUGGUAGAGCGAACUCGUACUGCCACCAUGCUCUGUGCCGCCAGUGGCAACCCGGACCCCGACAUCUCCUGGUUCAAAGACUUCCUUCCUGUCAAUACCACCAGCAACAACGGGCGCAUUAAACAGCUGCGAUCAGAAUCCUUUGGUGGUACGCCAAUACGAGGCGCCCUUCAGAUCGAGCAGAGCGAGGAGUCUGAUCAGGGAAAGUACGAAUGUGUGGCGACCAACAAUGACGGAACGCGCUACUCUGCACCGGCCAACCUUUACGUCCGAGAACUCCGAGAAGUGCGCCGCGUCCCACCGCGCUUCUCCAUCCCGCCCACGGACAAUGAGAUAAUGCCGGGCGGCAGCGUCAACAUCACAUGCGUGGCGGUGGGCUCGCCUAUGCCAUAUGUCAAGUGGAUGCUCGGCGCUGAGGACCUAACCCCGGAGGACGACAUGCCCAUCGGACGCAAUGUCUUGGAGUUGACGGAUGUGCGACAGUCGGCCAACUACACAUGUGUGGCCAUGUCCACGCUGGGCGUCAUCGAGGCGGUGGCACAGAUUACAGUCAAAGCGUUACCCAAGACUCCAGGCACCCCUGUGGUGACCGAGCGUACUGCCACUAGCAUUACACUUACAUGGGAUUCCGGUAACCCCGAACCGGUGUCCUACUACAUCAUCCAACACAAGUCCAAGUACUCAGAGGAGUCCUACAAAGAGAUCGACGGGGUGGCGACCACCCGCUACAGCGUAGGCGGUCUAAGCCCCUACUCGGACUAUGAGUUCCGUGUGGUGGCGGUUAACAACAUCGGGAGAGGGCCGCCAAGUGAGGGCAUUGAGGCUAAAACAGCCGAGCAGGCGCCCAGCACGGCCCCGCGGCGAGUCCGGGGGCAAAUGCUGAGCGCCACAACGGCCGUCAUCAACUGGGAGGAACCAGAAGAAGCCAACGGGCAGAUUAUGGGCUACAGGAUCUACUACACUUUGGAUUCCGCGCAGCACGUCAACCUCUGGGAGAAACAGAUUGUAAGAGGGGCUAACUUUGUCACAAUUCAGGGCCUUAUUCCAAAUAAAACCUACUACAUCAAGGUUUUGGCCUACACCUCAGUCGGAGACGGACCACUUUCCCCAGAUCUUCAGAUCAUUGCAAAGACAGGAGUUCCUGCCCAACCAACAGAUUUCAAGGGUGAAGCUAAGUCAGAAACCAGUAUUCUGCUUUCGUGGGUGGCACCAGUCCAAACGGGACAGGAGAACCAAAUAACAGGAUACGAUCUUAUGUACAAGAAGAGGGAUGAUAAAGAUGAGAAGCGCAUCAGCUUCGAGCCGACAUCCACAUACCUCAUGAAAGACUUGAAGCCAUUUACGACUUACACCUUCCGUCUGGCGGCACGUAGCAAACACGGUGUGGGCGCUUACACCAGUGAAAUAUCCGCGGAAACGCCACAAACACAACCAUCCGGACCGCCAACAGAUGUCAAGUGCUAUAGCCCUACAUCCACUAGUAUCCUGGUAAGUUGGCAAGCGCCGACAAUGGAAUCGCAGAACGGCAUCAUCACUCGAUACAGCAUCCAGUACACAGCCAACGAAGGUGGAGAGGAUAAUGCCGGUGCCGGACAUGUCACUGACAACAUCCCGCCGGAAAGCACCCAGUACCUUUUGGAAAACCUGGAAAAAUGGACAGAGUACCGUGUGACAGUUACUGCACAUACUGACGCAGGAGCAGGACCGGGAAGUGUGCUGCAAGUCAUCCGCACAGAGGAGGAUGUUCCUAGCGGGCCACCUCGCAAAGUCGAGGUGGAAGCUGUCAACUCGUCGUCAAUUAAAGUCAUCUGGCGCUCGCCCAUGCCCACCAAGCAGCACGGUCAGAUCCGAGGGUACCAGGUGCACUAUGUCAGGAUGGUUAAUGGCGAGCCCACAGGACAGCCUGUCAUCAAGGACAUUCUGAUUGAUGAUGCCCAGUGGGAAUAUGAUGACACAACUGAACAUGAAAUGGUCGUCUCAGAGCUACAGGCCGAGACCACAUACUCGGUGACUGUGGCGGCAUACACAACAAAAGGCGAUGGCGCACGCAGCAAGCCCAAACUGGUCACGACCACUGGUGCAGUUCCUGACAAACCUCGACUAAUGGUCAGUACCACCAACAUGGGCACGGCUCUCCUCCAGUGGCAUCCCCCAGCAGUCACCCACGGACCCCUGCAAGGUUACCGCCUCCGUUUUGGGCGUAAAGAUUUAGAACCCCUGACUGUCAUCGAGUUCCCCGAGCGGGAUAACCACUACACCACCAGAGAGAUCCACAAGGGUGCCUCAUACACUUUUCGGCUAUCUGCGCGCAACAAGGUGGGCUUUGGUGAAGAAACGGUAAAGGAGGUGACGACAAACGAGGAUGUGCCGAGUGGUUACCCCCAAUGGAUCGCCGCAGACGGCGCCACCACUUCCACCAUCCAGGUCAGCUGGCAACCUCUUCUCCUGGCGGAGCGCAAUGGCCAGAUAGUCAAGUACGCUCUGCAGUAUAAAGACAUCAACAGCCCACGCAGUCCCUCAGAACUCUUCAUCACUGCUCCGGAAUCAACUGUGGUCUUGGAUGGCCUUAAGGCAGAUACCACUUAUGAUAUUAAAAUGUGUGCCUUCACCAGCAAAGGUUCUGGUCCCUAUAGCCCAAGUGUCCAAAUUAGGACACAGCCUUUGGAUCAAGCAGUGUUUGCAAAGAAUUUCCAUGUGAGAGCUGCCAUGAAGACAUCCGUGCUGCUGACAUGGGAAAUCCCAGACACCUACAACGCGGGUCAGCCAUUCACGAUCCUGUACGAUAACGGCCAAAGCGUGGAGGUAGACGGCAAGCUGGCACAGAAGCUGAUCACAGGGCUACAACCGGAAACGCAGUACUCCUUUCUAUUGACCAACCGCGGGAACAGCGCCGGUGGCCUGCAGCACCGUGUGUCCACCAUGACAGCGCCGGACAUCCUCCGCACUAAGCCCUACCUGAUAGGCAAAACCAACUUAGACGGCAUGGUGACCGUGGAGUUGCCCUCUGUGCAGACGUCAGAGAAAGUGCGGGCAUAUUAUAUUGUGGUGGUGCCACUGAAAAAGCAGCAGCGAACUGGCAAGUUCUUCAAACCCUGGGACAAUCCGGACGAGAUGAAUUUAGAAGAGCUGCUGCAGGAGAUAAACCGCACCAGCCGAGGCCUUCGUCUCCGCAGGCAGGCUGAGCCCAAAGCGUACGUCGCCGCCUACUUCUCAGACCUGCCCAAAGAGUUCACGUUGGGCGACGGCAAGUUCUAUGGAGACUUUGAAAACAAGCGGCUGCAAAGUGGACAGGAGUACAUCUUCUUUGUGCUCGCCGCUCUGGACAUGUCCGAGAAUGUCAUGUACGCCACCAGCCCGUAUUCCGACCCCGUGGUUUCGGCCGAUAUCGACCCCCAGCCGAUCAUCGACGAGGAGGAGGGUCUCAUAUGGGUGGUUGGCCCCGUCCUAGCCGUGGUCUUCAUCAUCUGCAUCGUCAUCGCCAUCCUGCUGUACAAAAGCAGCAAACCAGACAGGAAAAGGGCUGAAUCCGAAGCGAGAAAAGGAAGCCUGCCCAACAGCAAGGAGAUGCCCCUGCAUCACCCCACCGACCCCGUAGAACUACGCCGCCUCAACUUCCAAACACCCGGUUCGCGUGCGUGCGGUCACCCAAGUAGCCUCCAUUUGUCAAGUAUGGCGAGCCACCCCCCAAUCCCCGUCAUGGACCUGGCGGAUCAUCUGGAACACCUGAAAGCCAACGACAACCUCAAGUUCUCCCAGGAGUACGAGUCCAUCGACCCCGGACAGCAGUUCACCUGGGAACAUUCCAACCUGGAGGUCAACAAGCCAAAGAAUAGAUACGCCAACGUCAUCGCCUACGACCACUCGCGAGUCCUGCUCUCUGCAAUUGACGGUAUUCCGGGUAGUGACUACAUCAACGCCAACUAUAUUGACGGCUACAGGAAACAGAACGCCUACAUCGCCACUCAGGGUUCCCUGCCAGAGACGUUCGGGGAAUUCUGGAGGAUGAUCUGGGAACAGAGGAGUGCCAUCAUUGUCAUGAUGACCAAACUGGAGGAAAGAUCCAGGGUAAAGUGUGAUCAAUACUGGCCAACGCGAGGGACGGAAACGUACGGCCUCAUCCAAGUGACACUGCUCGAUACGGUGGAGUUAGCCACAUACUGCGUGCGAACAUUUGCACUUUUUAAAAAUGGCUCCAGCGAGAAGCGGGAGGUCAGGCAGUUCCAGUUCACGGCUUGGCCGGACCACGGGGUGCCUGAACACCCCACGCCGUUCCUGGCCUUCUUGAGGCGGGUGAAAGCCUGCAACCCUCCAGACGCGGGGCCCAUGGUGGUGCACUGCAGUGCCGGCGUGGGUCGCACGGGUUGCUUCAUCGUCAUUGACGCCAUGAUGGAGCGCAUCAAGCAUGAGAAGACGGCGGACAUUUACGGCCACGUGACGCUGAUGCGCGCCCAGCGGAACUACAUGGUGCAGACCGAGGACCAGUACGUUUUCAUCCACGACGCGCUGCAGGAGGCCGUCAACUGCGGCACCACUGAAGUGCCCGCCAGGAACCUCUUCGCCUACAUUCAGAAACUGACACAGAUAGAGGGCGGGGAGAAUGUAACCGGCAUGGAACUAGAGUUCAAGCGCUUAGCAAACACUAAAGCCCACACUUCGCGAUUCAUCAGUGCCAACCUACCGUGCAACAAGUUCAAGAACCGCCUUGUCAACAUAAUGCCAUACGAGUCCACGAGAGUGUGUCUCCAGCCCAUUCGAGGCGUGGAGGGCUCCGACUACAUCAAUGCUAGUUUCAUUGAUGGCUACAGGCAACAGAAAGCCUACAUUGCCACCCAGGGCCCCUUGGCAGAAACCACAGAAGACUUCUGGAGAAUGCUGUGGGAGCACAACUCCACGAUUGUUGUCAUGCUAACCAAGCUCAGAGAAAUGGGCAGGGAAAAAUGCCACCAGUAUUGGCCCGCAGAGAGGUCAGCUCGGUACCAGUACUUUGUGGUGGACCCUAUGGCCGAGUACAACAUGCCACAAUACAUCCUUAGGGAGUUUAAAGUGACCGAUGCAAGGGACGGCCAGUCACGAACGGUGCGGCAGUUCCAGUUCACAGACUGGCCCGAGCAAGGAGUGCCAAAAUCCGGAGAGGGCUUUAUCGACUUCAUCGGCCAAGUACAUAAAACUAAAGAGCAGUUUGGCCAAGAUGGGCCUAUUUCAGUCCAUUGUAGCGCCGGCGUCGGUCGAACCGGCGUUUUCAUCACCCUCAGCAUUGCCUUGGAGCGAAUGAGAUACGAGGGCGUCGUCGACAUCUUUCAGACGGUGAAGAUGUUGCGGACGCAAAGGCCGGCCAUGGUGCAAACGGAGGAUCAAUACCAGUUCUGCUACCGAGCGGGAUUAGAGUACUUGGGAAGCUUUGAUCACUAUGCAACGUAAAAAGAUCCCCCCGCCGCUCCCCCUGCCCAACAUUUCGAGGGAAAAUGUGGCAAGGAGAAGGAGAAGGAGAAAAAAACCCAGUUGCGCCUCUCUUCUGAGCCAUAAAUGAACUGCUUGAGAACGUACAAACUCCUUGCUAACAACUCAUAAAGUGUGCCGUCAAGAAGAAAGAAAACUAUGAAAAACGUCAAAAAAAAAAAGCAAAGGACCAAGUAUGAACUCCACCAAGUGAUGGACCAUUGAAGCAUCCUUUUGCUUCAAGGAUUUAUUUGGGAGUAAAAAAAACAAACAAACAAAAAAAAAAAAAAACAAGGAGAGACAUCGGAGGACAUUGUAAAGAAUAACAUCGGACGGACGUUCAGUAGUAAUAAAUCCAAGUACGCCCUCUUCCUGUCUCAGUGUUCAUCUACAGUUUGGCGAGGGGCUUUACGAAAUAAGUACGAUUAUUAAUUUUUUAGUACUUUAUUAUACAGUAUGAUUUUUUUUUUACACUCUGAAUUUUUUUUUUUUUUUAAUGCAGAUUAACUUUGGGUUGUAGCACUGAGUGCAUCAAGAAUUGAGCGUAAACAAAUAUUGUUUUCAACGUUUGUCACCUCCCACACAAUAAAUCCCGGGCUUUGUGGAAUCAACAGGGAUGAGCAAAGUAUGAAGCUGCUGCUAUCGAUUAUCUUAGUUCUUCCAUGUCGGGACGAGUCGGGAAAAGAUAUACAGAUGUACAUGAUAUAGAAAUAUAUAUUAUUCUACAGACGAAUUAUACGAAAGUGAUAUUUUUCACUGGAAUGCACAUCGGUUUGGAAGAAACUUGUAUUAUUUCUUGUGCAAUAAAUAUUCAGUCCGCAGCCCAUCCAAUAGGAUCUUUAUUUAUUAAACCCAUCUGUUUUUUUUGCCAUUGUGCAUUUAGAGUGCCUUAUAUAUUAAUGCCUGUUUUUAUAUCAUUUCAUCUUUUAAGUAGUCAUUCAGUGUAAUUAUGUAUAUUAAAUAUAUAUGCACAUGUUUAUUUACAGCAGUAUUCCACUAUGUCACACCCGAUUAUAUAUGCAAGUAACAUUUUAAAGGCUUAUAUUUUCCUUUUCAGUGGCCUUACCGUGGCUGAGUAAGUCCAAGUUUUGUUAAAAAUACUUAAAAUGAUUAAACAGUGUUUAAAAUCUUGACAUUUCAUACUGGCAAGGUAUUUCAAAUUGUAUUUCACGUCGUUAGCAGUGCUGCGAUUUUUUUACGAUAGAUAAACCCCAAAACCUAAGUAUAAAAGUCGAAUUGAGGGUAGAAAAACCCCCACAAAAAUGAGCGUCAUUCUCCUUUUUUAAUCAAAUAAAUAAAAGUCAGAUUUCGGUAUUUCAUGCACGCUUGUCGAGGGCAGCCAUCUGUUUUUUUUGCCAGCAUUAUACAAGCUUGCUUACAUUUUAGACCAGAUUCACCACUUCUUUGCAAUCUUAACCAAAAUAAAAGUCUGUACUGUAAUGCCUUGUUUUUGAAUAAUAAAUUAAGAUACGGUCUUAAAGUUUUGUACACCUGCUCAUUAGUCUAUAAGACAAGUUAGAUUUGUCAUUAACGGUGCUAAUGUCAAUUAUAUAAGCCAUCUUGUUCUUUGCAAAAUAAGCUAUCCUAAAUUUCCCAUCAGAUGUGUAUUUAAAUGUCACUUUGUCGCAAUCUUGACCAAAAAUAUGACCAGUAAAUUAAAGUCCGAUCUUGAAAUUUCUCGCAUCAUUACAAACAUGGCAGCACAAAUUCAGUUGAGAUUUGAGACAGUCAAAUGUAUUGUCAAUGGUGCUUAUGUUGAUUAUAUUAUGUCGUUUAUGAAUGCUGGGGCCGGUCAUCUUGUUUUUUGUGAGAUAAUCCUGGAACUCCAGAUCAGAUUUGUCCCUUUUAUGUUCACUCUUGUCCCAAAUAUCACUUCUUGGCAAUAUUGAUUUAAAAAAAAGUGCAAAUACCCUUUUUUCACUAAUAAGUUAUUGUCGAAUCUUCACAUUUUAUACGUUUGUUUGUCGUAAAUGUGGCGACAUACAAAGUAGUUAAAUUAUUCAAUGUCAUUAAUUAUGUUUAAGUUGUUUAUAUUGUAUGGCGGCCAUUUGUUUUUCAAAACAUAUUUUUCUACAGAUUAAAUGUGGUCCAAAUGAGGGAGGACAAACACAAAUUGUGGCGCAUACGUAACUAGCGUUCAAUUUAGAUUUGCACUUCACAUCAGUAACAGUUGUGCAACACUCUGUUUUCAGAGAGAAAGCCGCAAGCUAGCUUACAUUUUUUAACAUAUUUAUUGACUUUGUGCAUGCAAAAGUAGUUGAAAUGAGAGAGGAACAACACAAACAACCAGUAAAUAUCUGUGCUUGUCAAUAAAAAUGUGUCUUGUUUGAUCAGUGAAGUGUAGUUCAAGCUGGAAAUGUAAUAUACCGUAUUUUCCAGACUUUAGGGCGCUACUUUUUCCCCAAGCUUUGAACCCUGCAGUUGAUAAAACAGUGCCGCUAAUUGAAGGAUUUAUUUUUGCUGACGGUCGAAAAUGUAUUUCCUGGGUAUACUUCUUGGACCGGAAGUAUAACCGUCAAUAGCGUUUCUGCUCGAAAGGAUUCUUCCUUCAUCACUUCAACAAUGUUUAAGUUUUACAAUAUAACUAAAUUCAUACACACUAAACCGUCCCAUGUGAUCUCUGUAGGGGUGUUUUCAUGCACCUUUGUACAUGCUAUCAAGCUAAUAUAAUCAAGCUAACGUCAUUAGCAUUAGCGAAUUUGCUAACACGUCCACAAGUGUUAGUAUUAUUUUCUACAAUUGCAUUUUUUUAUUUUGUUUCAGUUUCGUAAAUUCACGAAGAGUUUUGCAGACGCACCUAAAUGUCACAAUAGAAAGCGCGCCUUUGCAGCUAUUGGGUCCAUGACAAUGACUUCUGUUUUGUUUGAUCAACCGUUUUACUGCCGUGUUACAGGCACAGUUUGGAAACAAUUAAGGUAUGUAAAUAAUAAUUUCCAAAAUCUUUCAUACCGGUAUAUAUCUGCGGCUAAUAGGCAUGGAUAAUAUCUGCAAAAAUAUUUAUUUCUAAUUUAAUGGGUGUGGUUUAAAUACCGGUGCGCUCUAUAAUCCGGAAAAUACGGUAUGUUAUUUAUGGAAACCUGGUAGUUUAAAUUAUUCAGUGUUGUUAAUUGUGCUUGAUUCUUUUUUUAUUUAGCAUACAGAGUGGUCAUUUAAUUUUGGAAAACAAUCCGUAAACAAGCUUAAAUAUUGAAUCGGAUUUGUGCUGUAAAAUUUUAAUCUCCACCAAAAAAAAAAAUGGUU